UAUGCGAGGGCCGCAUUUGGUACACUGGUGCGCCAUUUUACUCACAUAAAGCCGAAAAACUCACAGUGGCCAGAAAACGCAAAAUUGCACAGUGCAAAAAGGUGUUUAGAAUUGUUGAAAAGUUUUGCUCGAACCGUGAGCCGAUCGUUAAUAAUGUGCCCGCCUCUGCAGCGAUGAGAGGCAGUUAAUUUGCGGCAACAGACGCGCUUUCUACAACACUCGUGCCGCCCCAACGUCGUCGGUUUCGGGAAUAUCCAAAUAAAUACACAUUAAAAAAGAGGCGCCAACGCCGUGCAUCCGAAGCCGAAAGAUAAUUUUUCAUGUUUAAACAACCGCAAAUCUCGAGCAUCGGUUAAAAAGCAACUACUGAAAUGGAGGAGAUAUCCAGCCUAGAUUCGUUCGGCGCCGAUUCCAAUGCGCGAGCGGACUCGACCACCCCCAGACAAGAGGACCAGGAGCAGGAUCAAAAUCAGCCACAGGCACCGGAAACUCUGGAUACCCCCGCUUCCCCGCCAGCGGAGGAUGCAGUUGCCCAAGAGACAGCACCCCCGCCAGUGGACUCGGCCAAAGAGCCGGACGACGAGUUUGAGCAAAUAUCGGAAGGCUCCUUGGACGCCGAUGACAACCAGUCGCAGGAAAAGGCGGCCAGUCCACAGGUAGACCCCGUGGAGGCAGUGGCGCCCCCCGAAGAGCCUCAACAGGCCGAGGAGAACCAGGCUGAUGAGGAUGAGCAACCACAAACAGAAGCGGUUAGCGUAGAUCCACAGGAAGAGCAAGAUGAGCCGGAGGAGGAAACGGAUGCGCUCCAAGCCACUGCGGAGGAGGAGGCGGAGGCAGCUGCUGCCGAUGCCGCAGCAGAUCCAGAUGCGGUGGACGGUGGCCCCGCCUCCCCAGAAGCCAUGGAUGUGGAUGACGGUGAAGGUGAAGCUGAUCAUGAAGCAGAAGAGGAUACAGCCCAUGAACCGGAGGCGGCCGACGACGUGGAAAUGCAUUCCGUGGGCGGAGAGUCGCAGCUGGCAGAGGAUGCUGAACCACCAGAAGGUCGCGACGAGGUGGACACAAGUCUAGAGGAGCAGGACCAUGGCCAAUAUCCAGACGAUACGGAGAAAGAUGUUCCCGCCGAUGAAGAUGACAAUCCGGAAGCCGAUGCGGAAUCGGAGCAGGUUGAAGAAGCAGCAGAGGAAGGUGGCGAAGCCGAGCAUGGCGAUGACACUGUUGAGAAUGUGCUAGAGCCCGAAGAGUCGGAUGUUUGCCUUAUUCCCGACGAUCAGGAAGCUGAGGUUACCGAAGCUGAAAAAGAAUUGGCACGCGAAAAUGCCGAGAAGGCUGCCGAAGAAGAGGAGGCCGAGGAACGGCAGUCUAAGACACCCGACAACGAUGGAAGAUCUUUGGCAGAUGGCCCCGCCGAUCCAGAAGGCGAAAGUGCCACUGUCGCAGAUCCCACCGAGGAAUCGCCGUCUACUCCGAAUGAUGCUCAAGCUGGAGCUAAGGCGGCGGCAACAGGAAUUGCUGAAGACGAUGGAACAGAUCAGGCCAACGAAGAGGAGACCGGCGGCGAUGCUCCCGAUGCAGACGAGCCUAAUGCGGAAGAAUCUUUCAGUGCCGCAGCAGGCGAACUAGGGGCCAGUCCAAAAAUCAUCAUCAGUUGGAUCGUUGGCAGCGUUCAGAAAUGCAAGCAGUGCGGCAAUGAGAAGAACUGUGGAUUCCGGUAUAAGCGACCCGAAGACGCAGAGGACAAAGAUAAAGACAAGGACAAGGGGGAGGGUGAAGAGAAGGCAGAGGAGGAGGCGCCGCCGGAGCCUGUCCCUAGCGGGUACGACUACAUCUGCGACACUGCCUGUGUAAAUGCCCUGCUAGAGGAACAACCCGGCAAGUACUUUGUGCGCCGAAAGAAGUUUCUGGUGGAGGAAGUGGUUCGGGAAGAGGGCACCGACGAGGCAGAGGAAGAGGCAACUGAGGAAGAAGAGACUCCCCACAAAACUCACGAGUGUCUGCAGUGCAAGGAGCAGAUGCGGUGCAAGUACUUUAUCAAGCAAGACCAGGAUUGCUUUUACAUCUGCAACGACGACUGCUUCAAUCUGCUCAACUCAGAGGAACCAGACAAGUUCAAGCUGAAGCGCCACUCGAUUCGAGUGCGCAACAUUGGCGCCACAACGCUUCAGCCGCCGCAGAACUCACCUAGCAAACGAACCGAGAGCAGCGUUGUGGCCAGGACGGUGGCCGAGGCGGAAGCAGCGCGAUUGGACAGGAUCGAAAGCUUCAGAAGGCGUUGCGCAGACUGCGAGACGGAGAUCAAUGCCAACGAGAAGCAACUCAUGUGGGAGACCAUGGACUUCUGCAAUGAGGUGUGCCUGGGCAGCUAUCAGCGCAUAAUUGGCUCCAGCUGCGAGACCUGCAAGCAGGAAGUGAGCUCCACAGCUCUCGGCAAGUAUUGCGUGCGAUUUGGUUUCGAUGUGCGGCAGUUCUGCUGUGCCGGAUGCCUGAACACCUUCAAGAAGGGUUUGAAGACGUGCUCCUGCUGCCAGAAGGACAUCAGUGGCGGCCAAGAAGGCUUCCUAGCCCCGGUCGGAGACAAAGAUCAAUUCAAGGACUUCUGCUCGCAGGCUUGCCUCCGUCGCUACGACAGCAUGUGCAAUCUGCGCCGUAAGCUGCGCACCGAUGUGUGCGGCGUGUGUAACAACGAGAAGCCAGUGCGAGUGGAAAUGCUACUGGAGGACAGGGAGCACUAUUUCUGCUCGAAUCCAUGCUUCUCGGCUUUUAAGUUUGUGAGCAACGUGAACGCUGAUCCGUGUGCCAUGUGCUCGAAGUACUUUGAACGGCGGAGCGCCGAGGCCUACACGAUUUACAACGAACAGCAGUCACCAAAGGUCUUCUGCUCGCGAGUCUGCAUCAAUGUCUACAUAAUUGUGAACAGGCACAUCGUGUCGUGUCAAUGGUGCAAGGUGAAGAAGUACAACUUUGACAUGAUUUACCAAGUGAGCGGUGAGCAGGAGCACGAGACCCUAACCUGUUCCAUCAAUUGCCUGACCAUGCAUGGCGUCAGCUGCAACAUCUCCGCGCGCGCGGUGACCAAAUGUGACAAUUGCUCCAACUUUAAUACGCCGCAGUAUCACCUCACCAUGUCGGACGCCUCGAUGCGCAACUUCUGCACCUACCAGUGCGUGAUGCAGUUUCAGAAUCAGUUUGCCCGCGCUCCUCUCACGCUGGACAGCGGUUUGCCACCCAGCAGUAGCUCAAAGUCCCAGCAACAGGGCUCAACUCGAGGAAGUAAAAAUACGCCACCUUUCCCGACGGGUUUGCCCAAGCGUGUCAAACUGAAGUUAUCACAGCAGCAGGGUGGAAAGAAUGCUAGUGGAGUCAAGAAAUCUGGAACCGGCACCAUGCUACCAGUUAUAUCCACUGUUCAGUCACUUGCUAGCGGCGAAACAGAAGCCCGACUUGGCAAUUUGACGGUGCGUCGCAAGCGGGGUCGCCCCCGGGAAUCCGGAGCUUCCCCGCCGCCGCUGUCCAUGCCAGUGGCUCAUACGCCAGCACCGCGAGGAAGACCCCGCAAGCACGUGGACUAUUCGGCGCGGUCCCCGUCGCCGUCGUCCGGCUCCCACCCGGGAAUCCCUGUCAGACGGAACACCACCACGAGCAUGGAUUUCGGCCCGCCAACGGUGUCGGAGACCAAGAUCAUCACAGUGCCACCAUAUCCAAAGGCAGUGCGCAACGUAAACAUCAGCUGUAAGCCCUUGACAGUGUCCACAGGAGAGCAGUGCUCUCCGGACGUUCGCGACUGCGCCACCCAGACGGAAAAGGAUUACUCAAACAAGGUGCUUAUCCCGGUUCCGGUGCCCAUAUAUUUGCCGCAACCCAUGUACAUGUACUCGCUUCCGUUCCCCGUGCCCGUGCCCAUUCCUCUGCCCAUCCCAGUGCCAAUUUUCAUACCCACCACGCGCAACACCUCGCAAGGCAUUCUAAAAGAAAUCAAAAAGAUUCAGGACAAGAUGCCAGAGGAUCCGCUCGAGGCGGAGUUGCUCAUGAUGGCCGAGAUGGUGGCGGAGGAAAAGCACGAAUCGGACUCCGAUUCGGAUAACGAGAUCAAGCCAGAUCCGGGACUUGUAACGCUGCAAUACCAGAACAGCCUAGAAUCCGUUGCUCAGCAGCAGCAGCAACAGCAAGUGGUAGACGUCAGUGGGGCGGGACACAAUCCCUAUGGCGAUGACAUGCUGCAGAUUGCCCUCAAGAUGGCCACAGGCGAUUACGACAAUCACCAUCAGACCUCCACCGUGGAUCUGGAAACGUCGAUGACAGCGAACACGAUCAGCAGCCAGUCACCGAUGGGCCACGACGGAAUGGGCCAGAUGGGAGUGCAUCACCUGGACCAGCAGCAUCAUAUGCUCGAUGCCACGCAGCGAUCCCCCCGAGGUCGUAAGCGCGGCGUAGGCACAGUUAUGGAAUCGCCCAACCGAAACAGCCGCUCCCCGGUAAAGAGACAACGCGGCAGUGAAAUGGACCACUCAGCCCUGCAACAGCAGUCGCAACAGGCACAGCAGCCGCAGGAGAAGCCCGAUGCCCAGAUGUUCCUUAAGUACACCUUCGGUGUGAAUGCGUGGAAACAAUGGGUGAUGACCAAGAACGCGGACAUCGAGAAGAGUUCGAUGCGCCGGCGACCGUUUAAAACGGAACUGCUCCAGAUGACCGCGGACGAGCUAAACUACUCACUAUGCCUUUUCGUAAAGGAAGUGCGCAAGCCCAAUGGCACGGAAUACGCUCCGGAUACUAUUUACUACCUUGUUUUGGGCAUUCAGCAAUAUUUGUACGUGAAUGGACGCAUAGACAACAUAUUUUACGAUCCAUAUUAUGAGCGGUUUACGGAGUGCCUGGAUGAGGUGGCGCGCAAGUUCUCUGUGCUAUACAACGAUUCGCAAUACAUUGUCACACGAGUGGAAGAGGAGCAUUUGUGGGAGUGCAAACAACUGGGCGCCCAUUCCCCGCAUGUCCUUCUCAGCACGCUCAUGUUCUUCAACACGAAACACUUCAAUCUGACGACCGUGGAGGAACACAUGCAGUUAUCCUUCUCGCAUAUAAUGAAGCACUGGAAGCGCUCAUCACAAAAUUCCAAAGUUCCUGGCUCACGAAACGUGCUUUUACGAUUCUAUCCACCGCAGGCGGGACUGGAUGCAAAUCCCCGAAAGAAGAAGGUUUAUGAGCAGCAAGAAAAUGAGGAGAAUCCGCUGCGCUGUCCCGUCCGCCUAUACGAAUUUUAUCUCUCUAAAUGCCCUGAGAGCGUGAAGACCCGCAACGAUGUGUUUUAUCUGCAGCCCGAGCGCUCUUGUGUCCCCGACUCUCCGGUUUGGUACUCGACACAAGCCUUGGGGCAGGACGCACUGCAACGCAUGUUGCAUCGCGUAAAGAUGGUCAAGGAAAUCAACAUUGCGCUACUGACGACUUAAUGUUUAGUUAGGCAGUUAUAUCAUUGUGUACGUGCAAGGCUUGUCCUGCAAUGACACCCGGAGGACAAUUCUUCGGCUUGGUGCUUAGCACGAGUUUGUUUGCGGGCAAAACCAAAUAGGGCUAACCUAGGAGCGAGAGUUGUGCUAUAUUAUAAAUUGUUUUAAACUUAUUUUUACGCAAAUUUUGAUUUUCUAUACUUGCGAUAGCGUUGAGAGAGGAGACCUUGUAUAAAUUGUGAACGAUAAACCAAGCCCAUCUCACUUUCGAUUGAAUUAAAAUAAACUAGAAAACAACAAUCAACAAUCCACAUACGAAACACCCACACACACGCACACACAUGUAGGACACCCUGAGACAUCUUCAUUAGUUUUAGGAUCGUAAGCCAGACCCCCCACGCAUCUUUAGUCAUUACUUAGAUUGUUUAGGCGAUAAGGCAAUAAGGAUGUGCCCCGACCGGAUAAGUGCAUGUAUGUAUGUACAUAGAUCGACGAUAGAUGACCACACAGUGAGUGUACAAUGAGAGUUGUACAUAGGAUGCGACCAUUAACAAUUAGCCGCGCUGUUGUUGUAAGUGUUGAAAUGUAAAAUGCUGUACUCCUUAACUGCAAGAACGAAGAGAGCAUGUAGCGUAAUUGCGUGUACAUGUCUAUAUAUAAAUACAUACAUACUUUCAAUGAA